AUGGCUACCCCAUUCCUCAUUCCAGGAGUUCAUGACCAACCAGUAGUCUACAUCUUUCUCGGUGCUCCAACCGAUGAUCUCAACAGCAAGUCCACCGAGGUGUUGCGCGGCGCAACUUGCGCCCUACUUGAAAAGCAUCCUGCAACUCUUCAGAAGAGCCUCAUUCACCUCGCCAUGGCAUGGUGUGAUGGAUUGGCGGCCUUGCGUGAUUGA